AUGGCUUCUUCAUUUCGUUGCUCGACAGCAUUUCUCGGUACAUUAACUGCGAUCCUAUAUUAUCGCUAUAUUAUUGUACCACUCCUACUUGUCAUACGGAUUGUUGAUGCGGUAACAUGUCCAUCUGAAUCAUCUGGUUCUGGUAUUAGCAGUAGUAGCAGCAGUAGUAGUGGUGGUGGUGGUAGUGGUGGUGGUGGCGGUGGUGGUGGUGGUGGUGGUGGUUUGAGUAAACCAGCAACAAUCACCAAACGAAAAGUAUGUCCAGAUUUUAAGGAUAAUGAAGAUGAAAAAUAUUGCUGUCCAUCUCAUAUAAUUCCCGGAAGUUACUAUUGCUGCUCACAGGAGCAUCUCUAUAAAAUCGAAGCCGAGCAGGCAGCCGAAAUUAGGCGACAGUUCAUCAAGAAGUGA